AGGAGAAAAAAAACAGUGAUUUUUGUUUUUACCAUUUCUCUCUAGUUUAUCAAAUUCCAGUCAAUUGAAGAAGAGAAAGGAGGUUGGUCAUCCAAUCUCUCUUUCUCCAACUCAAUACCAAGCAGAAGAUAGAAAAUGGAUGACACAGUUAAGGAGGAGCAUCACGUAACAUCCAUAUCAGAAGAUCAUGAAACAACCUGCUGGGGUUGUGGAUUGCGCCUUCUUCUUCCUUCUUAUACUCCUAUUUUCAAGUGCGGUUGGUGUGGGGCCAUAACCAACCAAAACCCACUGAAGCACAACAACAAGUACCUUCGAUGGAGGCAUAUACGAGACCGGUGCUUUAUUGCUAUCCUUCUCAUAUUCAUGCUCUUUGUGAUAUGUGGCGGUGUGUGGGCUGUCUACCCUGUGAUAUUAUCUGAGAGCUAUUUUCGUGGGAUUCUUCACUGUACCAUAACAAUGUUAUUGUCGAUCAGCACUAUUUCUAGUUUUAGUCUCGCAGCAUCUCGACCUCCAGGGCCACCGCCAAACGUACCAUGGGGUAGCUAUCCGGUUGUCGAGAAAGGUGGCCUUGAAAACUACAGCUUCUGUUCAUAUUGCUCAAAACCAAAGUCACCAAGAGCACAUCACUGUCGAUCAUGUGGAACGUGUGUGCUUGACAUGGAUCAUCAUUGCCCAUUUAUUGGGAAUUGUGUGGGUGCUGCAAAUCAUCAACCUUUUAUUUGCUUCCUGUUCGCUGCCGUACUCAGUACAAUGUACAUAUCCAUUAUGUCGAUUUCUGUGGGCUGUCAGCUGUGGCCGCCCCUAGAUCAUGAACCCAUUCGCCGUAUCACCACCGGCAGCAGUCAUUCUCCUUUCAUUAUCAUGAGAGAGAUUAUGUUUGCUUUCUUGAGCUCAGCAGUCUUAUUAUCUGCAAGAGGACUAGUUCUUGCUUAUCUGUUCGUUGCCAGUAUAUCAGUGGGGAUAGGGUUAACUAUACUAUUGUGGCAACAACUCAGUUACAUUUAUCAGGGGAAGACUUACUUAAGUCAUUUAAGUUCACGGGCAGAUGAGCCAGUUGGGGAGAGAGGAUGCCAGAAUAUUUUUCGGUUUUUCGGUUACCAAUAUUCCUUUUCUCGAUACUUGCCACGAUUUUCUAGAACUAAAAAGAUUCACAAGAAAUGAAAAAAUUGGCUUCAUGAACUGCAAACCUGUAAUUUUGUAUCAUAGUUGGAUGUUUAGUUCAAAGCAGGGAUGGGCCUAUGAAGGGGCUAACUGAGGCUCUAGCCCGUCCCUUGAUUUAACCCAAAUCAUUUUUGAUAGAGGGGAUUUGUAUUAUUACUUGUUACUCACUCCGUUCCAUUUUAGACGAGUGUUUAGGGUUAUUUUUUUGUUCCA